AGAGAGAGAGAGAAGAGAGAAGAGAGUGUAAUAUUAUCAGGCACGAAUAAGCAGCCGAGACCUUCACCGAGACCCAGUUGGUCGACAUUGCCCCUGUGCUAUACUUGUCCUACCCCGCCCAAGCAGCUACAGCGGCAGCAUCAGCAGCGACGACGAAAGCAGCGUACUCACACAGAGACGCAAGCUAGACACGCAUAUAGACAGCACUUAGGGAAGAGAAGGAUGGAGGAGGUGUAGUAGGUACGUCUGGUGAGCUAGGAGAGAAUAAGUGGGAGAGAAAAGGGAGAGGGCAAAGCCAGUCCACAGACACAAAUACCCUCCACUAGCAUCACCACUACCACUACUACAACUACUAAAAGUAAUAGCAGCUGAAGCAGCAGCAGCAGCAGCAGCAACAGCACCAGCAACAGCACCAGUACCAGCACCAGCAUCAACACCAGCACCAGCACUAGCACCAGCACCAGCACCAACACCGUCAUUAGUCUACAUACUAGCCUGUUCACCCUGGCCUAGGGGUUUACCUUGCUCUCCUCGUGCUGUUACGACUGUGUCGGGGUUUGGGGGUGUAGACGCAGGCGCGAACGCAGACGGAAUAUAGGUGGACAAAACGGCGCCGAGCAUUCCGUCAAAGCCAGACAGUGCGGCACGAUCGAAAGAGAGCGAGAGCGAGACCGUGGAAAAAGAAUUUCGAUCUGGAAGAAAAAUCUCGUCCUUCGGUUUUUCUUAUAAUAUAUUUUUUGUUCGUUGUCAAAUAUUAUCAUUCGAGUAUCUCACGUUGUCAGGAUUCUUUCUAUUCUUUUCGUGAGAAAUGGGAAUCGUCAAAACGGCAUCCGAGAGUAUACUAGAAGAGACGGUCGUACCUAGCGAAGAAGCUAAUUAUUCCUUGCAAGGACAUACUGAAGAGUGGAGUGAGAGCUUUCCAUAUCAACUACUGAUAGGAACUGGAGUUGCCUUGAUGGCUCUAGUACUUUUAGCUGCAAUUAGCUUCCAAUGCUCUUCUACUUGGCGAUGGUUGAUGAGUGUCGCUCGCCACGAAAACGACGAAGAUGCGAAUGGUGAUUUGUCUCAGCAAAAUGCCAUUCGUAUAAGUCACUCCUUGCCGGAUUUACAAUCGGAACCAAUUACUCAUGAAUAUGUUCAAGAACAAAAGGACAGUAAGAAGGUGUUGCGUCAAACCACUUUGCCAAUUGUUCCAAUGCGCCAUCAAAGUUUUCAACGGCAACUGUCCCACCGUCUCGACUUGCCCAGUAUCAAAUUCAGUAUUUGCAGUCUGGAAAAUCGUAGCGAUUCUAGUCUCGGCCUUAUCAAGCCGGAACUCUACAAAAAGGAUCUCGUAAGACAGGAAAGCACGGAGAGUUCUAGCACUACAGAAAUGGAAUACGCCGGAAAGCUACACUUCGCUCUUCGUUACGACAAGGAGAUCGACGGUCUCGUCGUUAAGGUUUUAGAAGCUCGAGAAUUACCGGUGAAAGAUGUAACAGGUAGCAGCGAUCCUUAUAUAAAGGUAUAUCUCCUACCCGAUCGAAAGAAAAAGUAUCAAACGAAGGUUCAUAGAAAGAACUUGAACCCGAUCUUCAACGAAACAUUUAUCUUCAGCGUUCCUUACGAGGAAUUGAAGGAACGCUAUUUACAAUUUUCCGUCUACGACUUCGACCGUUUCUCCCGACAUGAUCUCAUUGGCCAAGUGGUACUUAAAGGAUUGUUGGAUUGCACCGAUCUCGAGCAAGAAAUCGAGUACACGAUGGAUAUUCUCUCUGCACCUCAGGAAAAAGUGGAUCUAGGAGAAUUAAUGCUAUCUCUUUGUUAUCUUCCAACCGCUGGACGGCUGACUCUGACAGUGAUCAAGGCUAGGAACCUCAAAGCUAUGGAUAUAACUGGAUCGUCCGAUCCCUACGUAAAGGUAUACCUUCUCUGUCGUGGUAAACGAAUAAAGAAAAAGAAGACGACCGUGAAGAAGAAUAUGCUCUUUCCCGUGUAUAACGAGGCGCUCGUUUUCGACGUGCCAGCAGAGAACAUAGAAGAAGUCAGCCUCAUAGUGAAAGUUAUCGAUUACGAUAGGAUCGGUUCAAACGAGUUAAUGGGUUGCACAGCAAUCGGUUCAAGCUUUAUCGGGAUUGGUCGAGAUCAUUGGUUAGAAAUGUUGGAUAAUCCGAGGAAACCAGUAGCUCAAUGGUAUCCUCUUCUUGAAACCGUAGCAGGUCAUAUCCCUUCAGUUGCUUCUGAACCACUUCCAGUAAGUUUGAGCUGCUUAAAUAGUAGAUGAAGACAAAAGGUUGGAAGAAAAACAUGCGGAUGCUCGCAGAAUUCCUUGAACGUUGACUUGGACAACGUCCCUCUCUGUCGUCAUUUAAUGCAUAUCGCUUGACUGACUUAAGUACAAUCUCUAUUUCAAACAAGGACUCGGAAGUCAAAACUCUGUGCUUUUAAAAUCUUUACUUGCAACAGAUGUGGAUUAAUAAAUGAGUACUCGCUAAGGACAGCCUAUGAAAAAAGGUAAAAAAAAAAAGAAACAAAAAAAGAGAAAAAAAAAACAAAAAGAAAAGUAAAAAAGAAGAGGGAAUCUAUGGCCGUUUGCUGGGACUUGUAUAAGUUAGUCGAGAUUUUCGGCAAUGAGAAAGAUGACCAAAAAGAAAAAGGAAAUAAAUAGUUAGGUACGUAGAUUAGAGAACAAAGAAAGAAAGAGAGAGAGAGAGAGAAUGUGUGUAUGUGUUUUUGACGAUAAAUAAAAAUAUUACGAUAUCCAUUAAAAUUAAUCACGGGCUGGACCUGGGAUAUCUUAUCAAACGCACACUUUGAUUUUAACGUAUCAUGACGGUCAUGACGUUCAUUCGAAAUUGUUAGAAAUAAAACUUGCAAAAUUAGACGGAUAGAUAAGUUUUUAUAAAAAAAAAAAAAAAAAAGAAAGAAAGUCGAGAAAAAGAGACGUAUGUAGGUAUAUAUGUGGAUAUGUACAUAUAUAUAUAUAUAUAUAUAUGUGUGUGUGUGUACGUUAUACCUCGUAUGGAAGAAUUUCAAAAUGACGCCUCUUCGUUCUCGCGAAAGCUGGCUGCAUCAUAAUGCAUUAUGACAAAGUACACAGGGCCUUAUCCUCAGGUUAGACGAAAGAACAAAGACAGCGAAAUGGUAGUAUAAGAGAUAAAUCAUUUUAAAAAAUAAAAAAAAAAGAACGAACAAAACCGGUUUAAUGAAUUUGGUAUGUUAUAACUAUGUAAAGAAAGCACACGUUAAAGAAAAAAAAGAUAAAAUCUGAAAAAGAAAAAGAGACACAGUUAUAUAAAGUUUGAUGAAUGCAUAUAAUAAUAGAAAUUAUUGACAGGCAGGUGUCGGCACAUAGAAAGAAAAUUUCAUGACAUUACUCCUCGGAUAUUUUCCGAUAUUUCCUUGUUAAAAGUAACUAAAAACUGGAUAUUAUUAAAUGAAUGGAUAUUAUUAAAUGAAAAAAAGAUAAAUGAAGAUGGAAUCGGAGUAGAGAUAAAUAAAAAGAUUAGAAAGUAACCUAAUGUUAUUAAAGAGGCUAAUUCUCGAAUGACAAAUCAUCCGUGUCCCAGCUUCUCUUUUCUGUUAUUUCUCCCUUAAAUAUAUUGUACCAUUUUUGAGAACGAUUAGGAAACAAACAGUUGAGAUCUGACGACCGUCAUAUAAAAAUGAUAAAAAAUGAACAAAAAAAAAAAUUAAAAAGAAAAAAAGAUACGAUAUAAUACUUAUGAGCACGCUUUUUUCUGUAUACUUGCUUCUCGAAUUUUUGAAAGCUCGAAUAUAGUUUUACACCUGCCUGAUAAAAUGCCUGCACUUUGCGUAGAUACUCUUGCAAGACGGGCUAUAUAUAACAAUACAUGUAUUAUGUGCUAUAAAUAAUUAUAUUUAUAUGUCCGUGGAAAAAUAUAUAUGUAUAUCGAUAGACACAUAUACAAUCACACCACAGAUACUCGAAAAGAAAAAAGAAAAAAGAAAAUAUUCUUUGAUUCUUACGACAAUAAAACGAGCGACUAGGUAGGAACCGAAAAUAAAAAAAAAAAAGAAAAAAAGAAAGAAAAAAAGAUAAAAAAUAAAGAAAAAAA